AUGCCACUCUACUCCAAAUUUCUCAACGAUCUGCUGACCAAGAAGGGAAAAUACAUCCACAGUGACAACAUUGUGGUGGAAGGCAAUUGUAGUGCUAUCAUCCAGAGGAUCCUUCCAGCAAAAUAUAAGGAUCCAAGAAGUGUUACCAUUCCUUGCUCAAUUGGUGCUGUGUCAGUUGGAAAAACGCUUAUCAAUUUAGGGGCUAGAAUAAAUUUGAUGCCUCUAUCCAUGUGUAGAAGGAUUGGGGAGUUGGAAAUCCUACAAACAAGAAUGACAUUGCAGCUAGCGGAUCGCUCAAUCACAAGGCCAUAUGGUGUAGUGGAGGAUGUAUUGGUCAAAGUGCGUCACUUUACUUUCCCUGUAGAUUUUGUGAUUAUGGACAUUAAAGAGGACACCUAA